AUGGAAAGACAACCAAGCUCCGUGGAUGAUGCUGCCAGCUGGGUUGCCGAGUUUUUGCUCCGCAUCUCCUGUUCUGAGCAAGAGGUGGGCACAGCUAAGGAUUGCAUUCUCCAUGAAAAGAUCGAUCGAGAGGUGUUGGUCGAUAUGUCCGCAGAAGACAUUCAGAAUAAGAUGCACUUGAAGUUCGGAGACGCCAGAAAGCUGGAGAAGGACUGGCCUGGUUUUGGGAGGUUUCUAGGCAUUGAAGAGGUUCAAGAUGCGGUAAAACAACAGGAGCUGCAGUUGUUUAACCGCUUUUGGCAGCUGGUGCGUGAUGCUGAUGAGGCCCUACCUACCCAGGUGGCUGAAGCUGCUCAGGCGCCAGUGUCUGAAGAGCAAGUGCCCUCAGAGACUCCAGUGCCGCUGGAAAUUCCAGUGCCCCUUGUUGUUGCCCCGCCACUUCUUGUUCCCGGCUGGCGCCGCUGGCGCACACCACCAAUGUCACAGAAGAUGACUUGGAUGGUGGGCACCUUUUUCUUCCUGACUUGUGGCAUGGGUGUUGCAGUGUGGGAGAACCGCUGGCAGAAGGACUUGUGCAGUGAACUCCUCGCCUGUGGCAUGAAUGAGGGCCGAGAGGUUGCAGAGAUUUUCCAAACUUCACAAAGAUUUGAGAGGUUGCUCCGGCCGCCAAGACUCAUAGAUUCCAACUGGUUGAGGGCGAAGCUGAAGUUUGGUGGAGGAACAUCUUGCUUCGAGUCGAUCCCCCAGCACGUCAGCAAUUGCCUCCAGAAGGCAAACGGUGCCGUGCACUCUUGUGAGGACGAGGCCUGUGUCUUUGCUAUCAGUGAUGCUGUGAGGCAAGUGGAUGCAGCAAUCGGCGGCCAGAUGCUGGGUUACAAUGUCACUCGCAUUGAGGACUUGAAGCAAGAAGUUAUCCACAGCUUGUCCCACCAUGGCAAGCAGCUUCAUGAAAAGUUGGCUCGCGAGAUUUCCCCGGAGCAGAUGCCUGAUCUUGCAUGCAUUUUUGAUUCCCGGAGACGCUUGAAGACCUUCAUCGGCAAGGCGCAAAAUGCAAGUCUGAGUGCUCAGCUGGAGAAGCUUGUGCAAACGAUGAAGCUUGCGGAUGCACAUGCAACAGCCAAGAUGAACCUCACGGCGUCCAUCGACCAGCUGCUUGGGUCGAUCAAAUCAAUGGAAAACUCCGGAGAACUGCCACACUGGGAUCUGAAGUAUGUGUCUUCACUUUUGAACCAGGCACUGCAGCACUACAAGGAUCGUCCAGACUUGUCAGCGACAUAUCAUGAAUGGACCACACACUUGUGUUCAGGCCUUCAAGAGUUUGCAAGUGAGUUGGAGUCGUCUCAGCCAGCUGUAGCCUUCAUGUACAUGGCGACUGUGGACCACUUCAGCCGCCACCUAAAAGGGUGCCCUUGUGAAUAUGAAUAUGCAUUUGUAGAGGGAAAGAAUACCUUAAAUGCAUCCUUGCGAAGCAGAGAAGGUUUACGAGAAGUACGGAAUGCUCUUGAUAAACAGAGAUCUUGGUUCAACUUCACUUGGAUCAGCAAAGGAAGUGACGCCAGCAUCUUGGUUCGAUCCGUGGAGACUUACCUGGAGUCGGGCUUCUCGAAUUUGCGUCGAGAACUUGAAAGCUCUGAUCUCGAUCUUGUGGUGGCCUUCGAGAAUUUUGAGCCUUUCAGGAUGGCAGCUGCAGAGCUUGAAAGCCACUUGCAACAGGACUUGCUCAAACAGGUAACGAAGAUUUCCGAAGACAUGUGGAUGCGCUCUUUUGCGGCUCUUGAGGAUGUGGCUUCAGACAUCCAAGGUGGGUGUUCCUCAGCUGCCAUGCAAAGGCAGCUCGAGACUGACUUGGGAGAAGCCCGUCGCUGUAUCACAGGACUGGAAGAUCCAUUGAAGGCCUUGGUGCCGGUGAUUGACCCAGAUCUGCUCACCUUUCUGCAGCAAAAAAAGGGGCAACGAGUUCAGCGACGUAAUGACGACCUGAAUGAUGGGAAUUGGAUUGGGGUAACGGGUAACUAUUCCAAUAGCCCAACUUGUCAGGCUAGUGAAUAG